UGCUCUGUGCCUGUUCAUCCUAACAAAAGUGUGUGUUGUGUGCAGAUGGACGGUUUGAGCAGUCACAGUGUGUAUGUGCUGCAGCAGCUGCAGGAACAGCGCAUUCAGGGUUUACUGUGCGACUGCAUGCUGGUGGUGAAGGGCGUCUGCUUUAAAGCGCACAAGAACGUGCUGGCUGCCUUUAGCGCAUACUUCAGAUCUCUGUUCCAGAACUCUCCAGCACAGAAGAACGAUGUUUUUCAUCUGAGCAUUCAGGAUGUGGGUGGCAUCGGUCAGAUUCUGGAUUACAUGUACACUUCACACCUGGAGCUCAACCAAGACAAUGUUCACACACUGAUGGAGAUCGCACACAGCCUGCAGGUGUCUAACCUCCUUAACACAUGUCACGCGUUUCUGAAGCCUUGUGUGACAGUGCCGGACGCGUCCUUCUCUCUGCCUGCGGACGUCUCUUAUGACCAGGACUGUGUGUUGAGAAACUCUCUGUCCUCAGAAGCGGAUCUCAACAAACAUCUUCUCAUCCCUGCCGACGACCCGUACAAACGUGCACAGCCCACGCCGGCCCUGGGCAACACCACGCUAGAGCCAGACGCUGCGUCACAGCCAAACCGACAGCCGCCGCACGGCUACAAGCUCAGAAACUUCUACACUAAACAGUAUUUCAAACAGAGCGCCGACCAGAACGCCGGGUCGUUUGGAGGAGCAGACGAGCAGCUGAACACGAGCACUGCUAACCAAUCACUGCCUCAGAACCAAACACAAAGCUCCAGUCAUGUGACGGACUCCGCCCACCCACCUGAGGCCCAUCCCAUCGCCCGUAUUCUUCGCCCUAAAAAGACAGUGUACCUGAAGAAGUUUAACUACCUGCGCUCUCACGUCAGCGUGGAUGAGGUGGAGAACUGUGCGGAUGCUGAUACUCGAUGUGACCAGCAGGAGUCGCCGACGAUGCAGCCCACAGAGGUGACCUCUGACCCUGCUGACCCCAUUGAGAUUGUGACCUCUGACCCAGCAGAGGUGUCCGAGUUAAAGACGACACCUGCAGGAGAGACACGUGACCCUGACGUGAGGUCUGACUCUGAGAGGUCAGAGGUCAGCAGUAACAAAUACUGCUGUGAGUUGUGUGGAAAGACCUUUAAACAUCCCAGUAACCUCGAGCUGCACACACGCUCACACACAGGAGAGAAGCCGUUUCAGUGUAACGUGUGCGGUAAAAGAUUUUCACAGGCAGGAAACCUUCAGACACAUUUACGACGUCACACAGGAGAGAAACCCUACAUCUGUGAGCUCUGUGGAAAGAGUUUUGCGGCGGCAGGUGAUGUUCAGCGUCACAUUCUGAUUCAUUCGGGAGCUCGACCGCACCUGUGUGACUUCUGUGGACGAGGCUUCAGUAACUUCAGUAAUCUAAAGGAACACAAGAAAACUCACAGCACAGAGAACGAAUUCACCUGCGAUCAGUGCGGAAAAUCUUUCAACAUGCAGCGGAAACUCUUUAAGCACAAAGUGAGACACGCUGGAGACAAACCGUACAGCUGCCAGACCUGCGGGAAGUGUUUUGCCGGGUCAGGUGAUCUACAGCGUCACGUGCGCUCACACACAGGUGAACGGCCGUAUGUAUGCGACACUUGCGGGAAAGGCUUCACACGCAGCGCAGUUCUGCGCAGACACCGCAGCGCCCACUGCACGCCCGCAGGCGCUGAGCAGGCGCUCUGUGAAGACGCACCUGACGCACAGUGCGGGACCGCCGGAGGACUCUGCAGCAGCGGUGCGAUGUGGGGGCGGGCCAUGAAAACUCUGCAGAGUGACACUGAAAUGGACCAAUGAGAGUCAAUCUUUACGGUGACGUGAAUGUGUGUUGCGUGAUCUCUCUCAGGGAUUUCUGUUCUGUCUGUGGGCUUUGAAUAAAAUGUUGUUUAUUUAAACACUA